CGCGACCUUCCCUUCCCUCCUAUCCGAAACCCUCGCAGAGCCGCGACUGGAGCUAGCUUUGAAGGCAACGACGGGGAAGCAGUGUUUGAACAGAAGAAGACCUCCGGAACUCCAAUCUUUCUCCCCCUUCUGCUCUGUUCCUACAAGAAAAUUUGCGAAGCAGGUAUAUAAUGGCGACGCUAACAGCUACUCACGGUGAUGCCGCGGAAUUGCUCGCUUCACCUCUUACGCAGCAGCCGCUCAUAAAUAUUAGCCAUGAGGACCCUAUCUGCAGUAGCGCAGUUGAGAAGAGGAGUCAAGAGAAAGAGAAUAAUGAAGUAGCCGAUGAACUAAGGUUUAAGCGCAGUGUGGAUGAGCUGACAUCUCAGAUGGAUGAGUUGGAGCAAAAAGUGAACGAGGUUUCAGAGUUCUAUGCCAACAGGAAAAGGCAGAACGAGUUCAAAGGGACUUCCGAUCUGAAGGAUAAGGAGAAAAGCAACAGUAACAACAAUACUAACAGUGGUGGUAAUAAUAGCUGCACAAAGAAGCCUGUAGAUGGGUCAAAACAACACGCUGCUUGCUCUAAGAGGAUGCAGGAACUCAUGCGACAAUUUGGCACUAUUUUGCGUCAGAUCUCACAACAUAAAUGGGCCUGGCCUUUUAUGGAACCUGUAGAUGUCGAAGGGCUCGGUCUCCAUGAUUACUAUGAGAUUAUUAAAAAACCCAUGGAUCUUAGUACAAUUCGGAAUCAGAUGGAAGCCAAAGAUGACACCGGAUAUAGAAAUGUUUCAGAUAUAUAUGCUGAUGCAAGGUUAGUUUUCACAAAUGCCAUGACAUACAAUGAUGAGAGAAAUGAUAUCCAUGUAAUGGCUAAGACGCUGUUAGCUAAACUUGAAGAGAAGUGGCUGCUGUUAUGGCCAAAAGUUGUUGAAGAGGAAAAAAGACUAAAGGAGGAGGAAACACAAGCUCUAGCCAAUAUGCAACUUGUUCAUGAAAUUUCUAUGGCAAGGAUGGCCGCUGAUGUAGAAAAUGAGCUUAAUGAUCUCAAUUCACAGUUGGAUGAACUUAGAGAAAUGGUGGUUAAAAAAUCCAGGAAAUGGUCCACAGAAGAGAAAAGAAAACUCGGCGCAGGACUGAGUACUUUAUCUACUGAAGACCUGAAUAAGGCACUGGAGAUCAUUGCCCAAAGCAAUCCAGAUUUCCAAACUGCCGGAGAAGUAGUUGAGUUUGAUAUGGAUGCCCAGAGUGAAACAACCCUUUGGAGGCUGAAAUUCUUUGUGAAGGAAGCGUGGGAGCAUCAAAACAAAAUUUCCUCCAAAAAGGAUAAUGGCAACUUAAAACGCAAGGAGUUUUGUGAAGCUCUGGCCAAGACUGCCAGGAAACGAAGCAAAAAGCCUGGUUCUUCCUGAUGCAAAUAUUGUAGACAUUUUUGUAAAUUUUCUUAUAUUACCUUUAUCAUCUCCCAUAAUUUCUGAAGUCGAGUCUAUUUGUUGCUCAAAAGGCAUGGAGGAUUUCUCACUAAUAUAUAGUUGUUUGAGAGGACUGAUGCAUUAAUCAGCUCUUGUAAAUUCCCUUCCCAAUGUGUGUAUUAGAGCCGCCCUUGGAAUUUCUUCUU